AUGUCUCAAACUCGACAUCCCAUCAUUUACGAUUUGUACGGUGUCAUCGGUCACCGUGGCGAUCUGCACUCAGGACACUACUAUGCCGUCACGAAGAAUAAUUUGGAUCAAUGCUGGUACUUAUUUGAUGAUGAUGUCGUUCAAAAAGUGACUGUUGAAGACUGCCUAACGCCCGACGCAUUUAUUCUGUUUUACCAAAAAAGAGGAGCAGCCAUUCAACCUGGUCGGCAUUGGUCUUUGCGGCUGAAUGGGGUCAAAACAGCUCUUGACGCUGCUCGCGAUGGUACCGGAGUUGCUGAGAUCGACGAGUCAAUAACAUCUCCUCAAAGUACUAAUGACGAGUCUAAACCGUUCAAAGAAGUCGCCGUCGACAUUGGAAAUCUACUUUCCCAGCAUCAGCAGAAACCGUCGAGUUUCAAUGCUCCUGUGCCUUCGUCUCAAUGGUCGCCGUCGCAGAAUUACGGCACCUUGCGCCGCCCGGUGGCGAGAAAUAAUUCAGCGAUUGGAUUAGUCAAUAACGGAAGUUCAAGCCUUACUGAUAAUGAAUUUAUCAUCCCUCGUCACAAGUCAGGAGUCAAUUUACGAAGCGAUGAACGAGAAGACUUCAAUAAAGCUCCUUCUGCGCCAACUACUCCAAGAAUGACUCGUGAGGGGUCAACAAAAACGUUGCCAAGAAAUUCGAAAAUCUUAUGGCAGCAGCCAAGAAGCCGUCCUGAAAGCUACGCAGAGCCUGGCGAUGGCGGGAAAGAAAUUGAGAGUAUUGCCGCUAGUCGAAGUUCUUCAAAUAUAAAUCAAGGUAUGAAGCGUAUUUUGACAAAGUCGUCGGGCAGCAGCGCCGGCAACCAAGUCGCUAUCGUCAUCGAACCGAACGAGGUCGCAGAGAACGUCGAGAAAAUGAGUCUCGACGCUCAGGAAGAUCCCGAUCACGUGGAAAAAGCGAGGAACGAGGUGAUCGACCAAGAUCGGAAUCCAGAGGAAGAUCAAGAGACUACGAAACUGACCGGAGACAGUCUACAGCUUCGAGACCAAGAUCAAGGUCUCGUGGUAGAUCUCAGUCGCGUGGAAGACAAGAUUACAACAGCGAGUAUGAAUCGGGUCGAGAACGGCCUCGUAGCCAAUCUCGUCGAAGAGAAAAUUCAGAAGAUGGUCGAUCAAGGAGACGCAGUCGAUCACGAGGUGGGGAGGAAGAAAGACGAAGGCAGCGGUCAAAGAGUAGACAGAGGAAUUCUAGCACUUCGGAUUCGAAUAAAUUGGAUGCAAUGA